UUUUAAAUGACUCUCAAUAAAAAAAUAUUAUACGAAUGUGAUAAAAUUCUGAACGGUAUCUCGCUUUUUGUACUUAUCAGAUUGUUAUACACAAGGAAGGAUCGAUUCAAAUGAAUGUGUAAGAUGCAAUGUGUUAUUGGAUGAAAUUAAAUAUUUACGGGAAUAAACUGCGAAAGCGCAAAAAAUUGUAUAUUAGAAAAAAUACUGUUUCAAUAUGAAGGCUCUAGCGGAUAUAAGUGAUAGUUACAUAAUAAACAGCAAAGUAUUUUAUUUAUUAGGGAUAAUGGUCGUUGUACCCAUACAUUUUUACUUAAAUUCCAUGGACUUCUGGAUGUUUAAAUUUAAGCCACCUCCGCCAGGACCAAAUCAUCCUCCUGGUCCUCCUCCACCUAGAGGUAGGAUAACACCCAGUACACAGGUUUUCAAUUAUUUUAAUAAGGAACUUACAACUAAACAUCCAGAAAUCAAGUAUAAUUCAGAGGAUACUACAAGUAGUUUUCGAGCACAUGAAGACUUAAUUUACCAUGUAUUAAAUAAUGAUAAUAGUUACCAAGCUAAGACCCCUGCAAAGGAAUUGCUUCAGAUAUAUCCAAUUCAACUUCAAGGAUCUGUAAUUAUAAACUCUACCACCACCUCUCCUGAUCAACGAACACCAUUCCAAGCCAAUUUUGUUGUAGCUUUUUCAAUAAAUUUUAAGGUGGUAUUAUUAGGAUCCUUAUUAUUUUGUACAAUGUGGCCCAAAAAGCUACCACCACCAGAGAGGCGGUUAAAAUUGUGUCUAACUGCUUUGUGUAUUCUAUUUUCUGUAGUUACAUUGUUAACACAGAUCGAUACUGAAAAAGAGCAAACUUUGUUUUUCGUUGGAUCUAUGAUUUUCGCAACAAUGUUAAACUGUUUCACAGGUUUGGCGUUAGCUAGCUUAUACGAAUUAAUAACCAAAUUUCCGUGUUCAUAUUAUGCUUCACUUCAGUCAGGUAACAAUAUAUGUGGAAUCUUGUCAGCUGUUUUACAAAUAAUCCUUCUUAGUUUUCGGCUAAGGCCAAAUGAAAACGGUGCAAUUCAGUUCUCCGUUGGCUGCUUUAUCCUGAUUUUUACUACAAUUUACUAUUUUGUUGUGUUCAAGAAUUCAAAAUAUUUUAUAUACAGGAUAGAUACAAACCAUGAAGAUCAAAGAAAUUUAUCUACUGCAGAAUGGAUGCAAAUUAUACCUAAAACUAAAUGGUUUUAUGCAACAAUCAUUUUCGUUGAAGGAACUACACAUAUUGUUUAUCCCGGGUUAGCAGCUCUUGUAGUGACCCCUCUCAGAGGUACUCUUUGGCGAGACGUAUAUUUCGUUCCUGUUGUUACAUAUUUGGGGUACCAAGUUUGCUGUUUGAUUGGUAGAGAGUCAGCGAGAAUUGUGAAAACGCCUAAAACUGGACUAAUACUCUUCAUUUUAUCAGCAAUAAGAAUCGUGUUCGUACCUCUCCUGAUAUUUUGCAAUGCUCAGCCUAGAAAACAUCUACCAGUGCUUUUUGGGAACACAACGUAUAUAAUCCUGCUAUCGAUCUUUGCAUUUAGUGAAGGCAUUCUCAUAAAUACCACGAUUGUUGCAAUUCCAAAAAAAUUAAAACAGGAUGAAAAAGUAGCUGCUAUGAUUAUGGUACCACUUAUAUCAACAAUAACCCUCACUAUGGCGACUGGAUUAAAUAUUUUCCUUACAAACAUAAUAUAACUUUUAGAUUUUGUAUAUUUUAUUUUGACCAGUAUUCUGUUAGUUUUAAUGUGUAAAAAUUUAUUUUAAAAAUAUAAGUGAAGUUCAUAUA